AAUCUUCUGGCGUCGUCCCGUCUCGCGUGCUCCCCUCCCCUCUUCCUCUUUCUGCACUCUCUGCCUCUCUCUCGCACUUUCUCCUCUGACGAACUCCUCCGUCCAUAGCUCCAACCUCUGCGUGCAGCUGCUGAAGGUGCUCUCCUCAACAGCUUCACUGGUCUCGGCAUCCACCAACGGCGAGCCUCUUCAUUCCCUCAAUCUGGUAUGGUCAUUUCCUUCCCCUUCUUCAAUGCUUAUAGGUUUUGAUAAUGGCCGCCAACCUCUGUUUCCUGGAGAUGUGAGCCACCCAAUCCUAGGUCCCUAUUAAAUUCCCCCCAGCAGUUUGAAUCAUUCACUCUACCACAGAUCCAACUUCAUCCAUUCAGUUCUACAACAGGCGCUUAGAUUUGUUUUGAUAAUGACUACCUACCUCUGUUUCGUCCUUUUGCCCAAACUUUUCUUGCUCCUCCACAUGUGCGCCACCCAAUCCUAGGUCCCAUAUUAAAUUCCCCCAAAGCUGUUUGAAUUAAUUACCCAAUGUUUCAACCAGUUUAGAUUUAGCUGUUGUUCUACUACAUACUAGGUCCCUACACUAGCUGCUCCCCUAGCUGCCAUUCUACUUCAUAUUCGAUCUUCGUCACCAAAUUUACCAACAGUUUUUCUUUAUAUUCUGGUUCACAUAAUUGUAUAGGCAACGACAAGUACUCCCUGCAGGUAUACUUAAACAAACAUCAGUUGCAUUCAUCAUUAAAAACAAUCAAACACGACUUCACUUUCCCCUCUAAUCUUAACUGUUCUUUAAAAAAUGAGAUUAAAAAAACAAAUACUUCACAUUCCUCUGCAUGACAGCUGCAUACUAAAUAGUCACAUAUUGCCAAUUUGUUACCAUUUUCCCAAUUUAAUUACUAAUUGUGUGAUACAUUUACCUUCUACUAUGUGUGCUACACAGUAAGAGAUGACCUGUUCGGAGAAAAAACCCCAGUAGAAUUGGUCGCAUUUUCCACAUCAACUUUGACAUUACUGAUAAUCUACUAUUGACAUUCCUGAAUGCUUUCUAAUAAUUCCAGUUGCAUUCUUUAUUUUCCCCAACCCAUAUGGUUUCAAAUAGAAAUGUCAAAUACAUUGCAAGCUGUUGUCCAUUUACCUUUUGCCAGAAUCAUAGCUAAUUUAAAUUAAUAAAAAAUUAAUAAUAAAACCUGCUUAUAUGUGCACCCUAUCUGUAUAUAUAAACUUAAACUGCAUUGGCAAUAACAAUAGGCAUGUUGUCUCUUAUUAAUAGAAUUCAAGUGAACAACUUGCUGAAAUUAUUGUGACAUAUAUACUGUUACUUACCUUCAUGCAGUUUUCAAACUGAAAACUCUAUGCCCAUUCAAACUUAAUAUUCCUUAUUCUUUCCCUUUGCUUACACUGAAUCGGCCUCCUAAAGUUACAUGUACUAACUUGCUGCUGUUUAGUUAAAUUUGCUUUUCUAAUUCCUUUUGUAUGAUACACAUUUCUACCUUUUACUUUUUCUCUCUCUUUCCUUUGAUUGUAUUUAUCUUUUUUUAUUUUUCUAUAACUUUUGUACAAUAGCUCUACAAAGCAGAGGUGGAUCAUCUGGCACUGUUACAAGAACACCAUGUUUGUAGAUGGACCAUCUCCAAUCGCACUCCUCCAUGCUGCGGCUUCCGAAUGCCGUUUACCAUAUGCAUCUCUCAUCACUGAGAUUGCAGACAACUCGACAAUAUUAUGUGGCGUAGAGUUAUGGGCCAUAAUCUCUAAUUUCAGAUAGCUCCGCGAAGUUAAGUUCAGAGAAAUUCGCACAUCAUUUAACCUCACAUUGCAAGCAAAUGGUAAAACAAAGCAAUUUUUCCGCUAUAUAUUUCAAUAUUUCAGUAACUGAUACUCAAUCUGUACUGAUUAUUAAUAUUUUGUCUUUAAGGCUUCAUCUUCAAACGUUGCACUUGGACUAACAGAUCUUGGUGAUGAAAUGGAAACAGCUUUAGCUAAACUUCAGUUAGCCAUUGUUGCAAAACCAAUCACAUCCCUUCCACCAGUACCAACUGUUUCCGAUGUUGAGGCCAUGUUUGCACGACAUUAUCCAGCAUCAGCCAAACCAAUGGAUAUAUCCUGCUUUCCACCAGAUUUUAUCUUGCAAUUUGAUGACAAAACAAGCUAUGACACAGUCCUUAGCUACCAAAUCCUCACUGAUAACAACUACACAUUUUCCUUAGCACCAUGGUCUGAUGAUGCAAGAUGCCAAACCCAAGCAUGGAGUGUUCCAGUAACAAUAGAUAUCCAUAGUAUACCUCCCCAUGCAUUUCACAUGAAAAGCCUUUCUAUCCUACUUGAUCCUUAUUGUGACAUCGAAACCUAUACCAUGGACCAAAAAAAAAAACAAGUAUCUGUACCGUUGAAGGCGAUGCAUUAAAUGUUAAUUCCAUUCCAACGACAGGUUUCCUUUCAUAUCCACGUCGUUCUGGAUAUGAAACAGUGAUACAUACAUUUCCUGUUACUAUGAAAACUAGCUUACUAUCUAUGCCUAACAAGAACACCUCUGAUUGGCAAUAUCAUCCUUGUCUCGCCUUACAUCCGCACGAAGAAAAUUCAUCUCACAUUAAAGAUCAAGAAAAAGAAGUGGAUUCAGACAUGGUGAGGGAAUACAACAGAGCUGUGUUUGAAGCUGAAAUAGAAGAUGAAAGAAGGAUGAAAAACUUUCCUACCUUCCAUGGCUUCGCAUAUUCAGGAGAAAGUUCAGACAACGAUGACCCAAAUGAAGCCUACUAUUAUGCAGAUUCAGAUCGCGAGCCAAAGAACUGGCUUGCAGCAAGUCACAAAACUACCUAGAUCUGCAACAAUGACCAAGAUAAACAUCUAAUAUUAUGACCGAAGCCCAGACGACUCAUCUUUUGAUACUUGUGUGUGUGUGUGUGUGUGUGUGUGUGUGUGUGUGUAUAAUCCCUGUAUCUAUGUAUGUGCCGAUGUACGUAUCAAAACUUUUACUGUUAAUAUAUUCGCAUGCUCAGGAACUUACCGAACAAAA